AUGCGAGCAUGGCUUUUUCCUCUUCUGGUGGCUCUUGGCCGCUGUGUAGAGCUCUGCCUGCCAGACGGCAUUGCGGAGGAUGGCCGGAAGUUCAUCAGGAACUCCGAGGGCGAGGAGAUUGCGAUUGAACUGCUAGCUUUUGACUGGCCGUCCGCGGAGCUAGAGACCAUUAUUGCCAAGAUCUUGAUUGAAGAGGUCUUGGGCUACAGGGCCUUCGUGAGCGACUAUCGGCCGCUGUCCGUGCUGGACGUCACGUUGCCUUUGUCUGGUUGCCUGGAUGCGGACUGCAACAGGACAAAUUUCAGGGAUGUUGGCCACGUUGCUUUGGAGAGUUGGAUCGGGGCGUAUGGUGCAGACUAUCGGGCUUUUGCCAAGCAGCAUCCGACCAAGGUGCCGGAAGAUCUCGGCUCGAUCGGCUUUGCGGGUGAGGAAGCCUUGUAUGUGGCCAAGGGUGUAGCUAUGUCAGCGUACCAAGAUUCUGGUAUCGCCUUGGAAUUUUACAAAUCAUACAACCCAUCCUUCAACAACGCAAAGCACUACUUCGACUCAUUGGCAGCUUUGCCAAUUGAUGAGGUGCAACCAUGCAAUAUGACUGGAACAAUGAUGACAGACCCAGCGUUCAUGAAUCCGUACGCCCAGUGGACUGGCGACCUAGACGGCCUCAUAGAGGUGGAUGGUGGGUACCAUGCCUAUUGUCCAGAUGGAUACUUCUGGAUUGCACCAGCCUGUCGACACAACACCUCUGAGUGCAUACCCGUGCUGUCUUCUCGCUUUGGCUGGCUGGUAGACACAUUCAUGGCUUGGUCCACGGCCUACGGGCUGCCAACUGCCAUUGGCAUCCUCUACACCUCGCAGCAGAAUCAGGCGCAGUUCAACAACCGCCCUGUGCUGUCCUACUGGUUCAGGCCGGACGCGAGAGUCGCGCGUUUGGACCCGCAACCGGUUGUGUUCCCCAGCCACAGGGCAAGCGAGUGGGCGCUGGGCAACAAGCGCACCGCGGCCUUGGGCUCCUACGUUGCAAAGCUGGUCUCGCGCAGUCUGCGGCUGCAGGCCUUCACGGUGUAUGAGAUGCUGAAGCAGUUUCAGGUGGAGCUGGAGGAAGUCCAACAGCUGCUCUUGAAGAAGGUUGUGGAGGGCGACUCCAUCCCGACCGUAGCUUGCCAGUGGGUCAGUUCCAACCGACCCAGGUGGCUGACCUGGCUCCCGGUGGACACUAACUGUCUCCCAGGGUUUGGCGUCGUCGACGCUCGCGGGACGUACGUCGCAACUCGGGAAGCUGCCGUCGGCUGCAGCCUCUGUUCAGCCGGAAACUUCUCCUACUCCCUGGUGGACAGCUAUGGGCAAACCUACAGCUGGCAGGUUCGCCUCUUCCGCCGGGCUCUCGGCCUGCGAGGUAGCUUUGCCAACGCCUCGGGCAUGACCGAGUGCCAGCCCUGUGGGAACAGCGAGCAGUGGACCACCAGCCGAUUACUGACGAUCCACGGUGAGCAGCGCUGGAUAGAGGUGGAGGCAGCAAGCGACGACAGCUUUUGCCGCUGCUCGGUGGGCUGGUUCCUCGAUGACGGGGUUUGUCGCCGGUGUUCCGAAGGAGCUGUGUGCCCGGGCUCGAACGAUGUGGAGCUACUCCCGGGCUUCUACUCGAGUAGCGAGGACCCUGGCUCUGUCUUUAGGUGCUUCGGUGAUGCUUCGCGAUGCCCGGGCGGGCGUCCUGGGACUUGCGCCUUCGGACGGGAUGCCAGCAGCUUGACCUGCGGCGCAUGUCUGCCAGGUCUGAGGCCCAAUGGGAGUACGUGCAGCUCGUGCAGUGGUGGCGACUAUGCACUUUUUGUCCUCGUGGGCUUUCUGGUGUUUGGUGGGACCGGGCUGAUCCACUUGGUGGUGCUGAAGCAGAACCAGAGCAUCGUGAACAAGCAGAGCGGCCUUCUCAACGCCAGCCUCUAUGCCACGCAGCUGGUCGUCUGCCUACAGCUUGUGAUCGUCAUCCAGAAGAUCGACAUCACCUGGGACGAGCCUUUCGUGAUGAUCAUCGAGGCCUUGAGCUUCUUGUCGCUGGAAUCGGUUUUCCAGUCGCUGAACGCGAUCUCCUGCGUCACGCGCAUGAGCUCGACACUGCGGUUCCUUAUGCAGACGCUGGCUGUGCCCACGGCGUUCCUGGCGGCCCCCGUGGUGAUUCACCUCACGGUCGUCCUUUUCUGGAGACGGGAUGGCUUGCAACUGCACUUGUUGUGCGAGACUCUCGGCUCUCUCUCUGUGCUCUUCUUCAUCGUGCUGUGCACGGCCGUUGUGGAGCCGUUCCAAUGCCAGAGUCACCCAAAUGGCCUGUCCACCAUGCAGUCCAGUAAAGUCACGCUCUGCAACUUCAGGGGAAGCCACUUUGACAUGUGCCUCAUGGGCGGGCUCCUCAGCCUCUUACCCAGCAGCUUCUUGGCCUUCUGCUCCUGGGUCAUCCUGGCCGAGUUUCCCAAAAGACUCCGCGCGGUCGACGUGAGAUUCACCCGAGCUUGCUCGUUUCUGGUCUUGCGCUUCCGGCCAGGCUUCGAAGGGUUCUGCAUUUUCACCUUGGUGCGGAACGCCCUCUUUGCCCUCGCGCCGGUCUUGCCAGUACCCAACGCAAGCCUUCUCACAAUUCAUGUUCUGAUCUGCCUCAACAUGCUUCUGGUCUCCUACUUCAAGCCUUGGCGAUCCUCCGUGGCCUCUUGCACCGACCUGUUGUCCAACGCCGUGUUCUUAAUCAUUCUCUUCCAAGGCAGCUUCUUCGUGACCGGUGUGGAUCGCCGCGCCUCCAUGGUCAUCUGCACCAUUUUCCUUGCUGGCAUCAUCGCCGCCUUGGCUAUUUUGUCGAUCUUUGCCGUGGGCCGACACUUGCUCAUGUUGCGCGCCAAGAAGUUUCAUUAUUUCCUGUCGCAUCACAAGCAGGCUGCAGGAAACCUCGCCCGCUUGAUGAAGCUCGAGCUGCAGCAGCGCGGAUUCGCCGUAUUCCUCGACACGGACAACCUGAACGACCUGACGCAGCUCUUCGUAACGCUGAGCCGCAACGUGGAAUCCCUUCUUGUGCUGGCCAGCCCCCAGGUUCUGACGCGCAAGUGGUGCAUUGCAGAGAUUGUGACAGCCAGGCUCCGAGGGCUGCAAACCACGCUGCUCAUGCUGCCGAAGUUUCAUCUUCCGUCUGUGGAGUUCAUCGAUGCGUACGAGGGUGCGGUGCCGGACAUCGCAGAGCUGGCCAGCUAUGGCUUCGGGAUUGCGGACAUUACGGACACCCUGCGAUGGCUGAGAACAAUCAAGGCCGUGAGCGUGAGUCCGAAGUUCGUGGGGGAGGAGCUUACUCAGGUUGUUGGCCUGCUGACUGGAGGCAGGAAGUCUCGCCAGACCGUCUCUUUUUCGAGCGACUUCGACUCGGACUGCCUGAUCCUUGCAAACCUCGAAGAUAUGGAGGCGGUUGCGUCUGCACACGUCCUGCGCCACUUCAUCUCGCCGCACGUCUUCAUCACAUGCAGCAUGCUGCCAAAGGUGCUCAGCACGUCCGACAGGCUCAAGAAUCGUCCGACAGACCUCAGUUCGCCGCGGCCCAUGUUCUUGGUGUUGCUGUGCACACCAGGCUGCCUCACUGCCCCCUGCAUGAUCGAGUGGAUGCUGCAAGCCUACCGCGCAUCUUCCUCGUGCCAUGUGCUGCCCGUCAUAGCAUCAGACGGGUUCCAGGUGCCGCAGUCCACGGAUGCUUUUGAGGAGAUUGCCGAACAUCCGAACGUACGGAAAGGGCGCACGGCCGACAUGUACACCAGUGCUCUCAAGGCCAUCUUCAUGCAGAUCGCUGUUCAUUUCUUGCCCCAGUCCAACUCGGAGUCGGGUCUCGAGCUACGGGCUCGGCAGAUAGUCGCCAGAUUGGACAAGGACAGUACGGCGAACAUGAGCUCGUUGCUGGACUUGUCCUGGUUCCCCUCACUUCACCUUGGCAGCUUCGGCACAGACAGGAGUGACUGGAGCAGCUUUCCGAGUGAGCAGGCGCCAGUAGACGCGGACGCGGUAGAUGAGGACUUGCAGCCUAUGCCCAUCGAGGAGGAUGACCUCGUGGAGCGCAUCUUCUGA